AUGCCUUCCGCCAUCGUGAUCAGACAAGUCGAAGGCAAGCCAGGCAAAGUCUACUACCCACUCGAGAAGAUAACCGUUCCCGAGCCCAAGCCCAAAGAAAAUGAAGCCCUCAUAACGCUCACCGCCGCCGCGCUCAACCACCGCGACCUCUUCAUCCGCCAACACCUCUACCCCGGCACAACCUUCGGCGUGCCCCUCCUCGCAGAUGGCGUCGGCAUCGUCACCUCCGCCGGCGCAUCCCCCUCCGCACAAUCAUGGCUCAACAAGCGCGUCUUGCUGAACCCGGGUACGGGCUGGAAGGACAGCAUGGACGGUCCCGAACAUCCCAAGGGGUAUGCGAUAAUGGGCGGCACGAAGAGCAAUCCCGUGGGUACACUACAAGAUGUCUGCGCGCUUGACGCCAGUGAGCUGGAGGAAUGUCCCGACCAUCUCAACGACGAGGAGGCUGCUGCGCUGCCCCUUACCGGGCUGACGGCGUGGCGCGCGUUCUGGGUUAAGAGCGGGAAUGCGAUGCCAGGACGGAAUAUCCUCGUCACGGGCAUUGGAGGCGGUGUUGCGCUUAUGGUGUUGCUGUUCGCUGUGGCACAAGGUUGCAAUGUCUACGUGACGAGCGGGAACCAGGACAAGAUUGACAAGGCGGUCAAGUUGGGUGCGAAGGGAGGUGUUAUCUACAAGGAGAAGGAUUGGGAUAAGAAACUUCAGGGCAUGCUGCCCACGGAGAGGAAGUACCUUGAUGCUAUCGUUGAUGGCGCGGGCGGUGAUGUUGUUAAAGUGGGGAGUAAGAUACUCAAGGCCGGCGGCGUCAUUUCCAUAUACGGCAUGACCGUAUCCCCUAAAAUGGACUUCCUCAUGUCAGCCGUGUUGCGCAACAUCGAAGUCCGUGGCUCCACCAUGGGUUCGAGGAAGGAGUUUGCUGAUAUGGUGCGCUUUGUCAAAGAGAAGAAGAUGAAGCCGGUGGUCAGUCGCAGUGUGCAUGGUUUGGAUGUGGAGAAGAUUGAUACCCUGUUUGAGGAUAUGAAGAGUGCGAGUCAGUUUGGUAAGUUGGUUGUUACGCUGGGGCAGGGUAAGGCGAGUAAGUUGUAA